UCUGUUGCUUUUGCAAUCCACAACCAACAGCUCUGAAUUUACCUUAAAUAUGUCUACUAUCGUCUACCGUCAAACAGAUCAGGUUAUAAUGCACAAUCAACACAGAAAAGGUUUGAGUCUAUAGCCAACGGGACAAGCGAGGACUUGAUUGCAGUCACUCUAAGCCUGAGAGUUUGAGUCACCUCUGACCCCCUGCUGUGCCCACUGGUUGCCUGGCAUUGCCUUUUCCAUCCACUUCGUAGUGAAGGAAGACCUAGGCACUCCCAUUCCUGGUUCUACUUCACUUGUGCCUUUUUACGGCUUUCCAAAGUAAACUAUCUCUCCCAGACAUACGUCAUUCGGUAUUAGGCUUAAUUUCCAAAAUGAUUCCCAACGGAUAUUUGAUUUUUGAGGACGAAAGUUUCCUGGAUUCCACCGUGGCCAAGAUGAACGCCCUUAGAAAGAACGGCCAGUUUUGUGAUGUGAGACUACAGGUGUGUGGCCAUGAAUUGAUGGCUCAUCGGGCAGUACUGGCUUGUUGCAGUCCAUAUCUGUUUGAAAUCUUUAACAGCGACCUGGAACCUCAUGGUGUCUCUCAUGUGAAAUUUGAGGAUCUGGACCCUGAGGCUGUGGAGAUCCUUCUCAACUAUGCUUACACUGCCCAGUUGAAGGCAGAUAAAGAGCUGGUUAAGGAGGUUUACUCUGCAGCCAAACGGCUCAAAAUGGACAGAGUGAAGCGGAUCUGUGGCGACUAUCUUCUCUCCAAAAUGGAUUCCCAGAGUGCCAUCUCCUAUCGCAAUUUUGCCAGCUGCAUGGGAGAUGGGCGUCUGCUGGGCAAGAUCGACAGCUAUAUCCAGGAGCAUCUUCUGGACGUGUCUGAGCAAGAGGAUUUCCUCAAGCUGCCACGCCUUAAGUUGGAGGUGAUGCUGGAGGAUAACUUGACCUUGCCUAGUAAUGGCAAGCUUUACUCCAAGGUGAUUGGCUGGGUUCAACGCAGCCUGUGGGAAAAUGGCGAACCCCUGGAGCGACUGAUGGAGGAGGUGCAAACGCUGUACUAUUCGGCCGAUCACAAGCUGCUCGAUGGGAGCCUGCUUGACGGGCAGGCUGAGGUGUUCGGCACUGAGGAUGACCACAUCCAGUUUGUGCAGAAGAAGCCCCCACGUGAGAAUGUACACCGACAGCUGAGCACCAGCUCCUCUGGCAGCGGGGGGGGUUCUUCUUUACAGGAGUCACCCAUGAGGCUGACUUAUUUUUUUUUUUACAGUGUUUGGGAGGAGGUGGGUGGGGGUGGUCUGUUUGGGGUUGCCGAAAGCAACAUUAAGCCUUUGCAUAUUGCAUACUUUAUUUUUGUUGUUGUAUAUAUUGUUGUUUCUUUUUUUUCCAUUUUAAGAAGAAUGCCAACAUUUAUUGCACACUGAGUGUACCUUUUUGAGUAGUUUUGAAAUUCUCCUUUCUUUUUUGGCAAUUUGAAGACAGGAUUGAUUGGUUGAACCCAUUAAGGAAGUGGUUCAGGUUGAAUGUUUGCUUUAUAGUUUUUUUUUGUGUUUUUUUGUUUUGUUAGCUCACUUCAUUUAAAGCUCCAUGGUUAUACAAAGCCUUAUUUUACAAAACAUUCAAACACAUGACUUUCCUUUUUGUAUCAUUAGCCAUGACGUAGGAUUACUGUACCAAUCUUUAAAGAUGGCCUUUUUUAUAUUUUUGAUACACUGCUAAGUAACCAAUAGAUAGAUGGAUGAGCUAGUCGACACACAACACCCAUGAGGAUAUAAACUUUAAUCAGUGCCAGUUUAGUAACCCUCACAUGCGUAUAAUCGACCACGCUUUAGUGCCUCUGCUCAUUAGAUAUUUUGUUACCAUUUCUUUUGUUUGACUGAUUCAAGCAAGUGCGGUGAUGCUCAUUUCCUUCUCAAUACCAACAUUUUUAAUAUUUCCUGUGUUUAGCGUUUGGAAGCAACAAAAAUAUU